AUGUCGAAAGCCAGGAAAAAUGGAAACGCACAUGCUUUUGAAGAUGGUGAUUAUCCGCGCAAACAUCGGUCGUCUCUCUCAUGUCUUUCGCUACUGCCAGUGGCUGCUCUCGUUUUUUGUUCUAGUGAUGGCUCUCCGACAUUCACACAUUGCCAGAGUCGUGGUGUUCUCACCGUUGUGUGUAUUACCGGAAGUGGGGAUAGCUUUUGCGCCCAUCCUCCUGCGACCACCACAGUCCCAAUUGCCAUUCCACGGUGGACUCAUGAGAUGGAGAAAAUCGAGAUGGAUGCUUCAGAUCUCAUCGUUGCCGUUAAUACUAGCGAUAUCGAAAGGAGAGACGUUCUGGUACAAUGCCUUUCGGCGUUAGUUAAGGACACUGGGAAAACCAAGAAGGGAUUGGACGCAAUUACUUUCAAGUAUGCAGGGACUAUUGAGCAAAUUCACGCUCUCACCUUCUACGGCGCUCGAUCUACUGGCUGGGCUGAUAUUUUUGGAGCUUUGAGCAUUUCAAAACCAAGUAACCGGGUCCUCCUGAGGUUCUUGGAUGCCAUGGAAAUGAUAUCCCCUUCCGUCAAUGGACUAAAUGCACAGGCCAGCGUUCUGCUGGAGGAGCUCGAGGGGCUUGAGAGUUCCAUAUCGUUGCUCCAUGAAUUGAACCACCAAGCAAUACUCGGAAUUUCGUCGAAAAAAUCGGAGAUGCUAUCUCAAACAUGGACAACCCUGAGACGAAACAAAGCUGAGGUGAAUAUCCUUGACAAGCAGCUAGAUUUAUUGGAAAAGCUCGCGGAAUACCGAACUGGUGCUAGAGGCAUCGUUGCUUACGCUUUUUUGACCCUCCGGUCGAUUCGAGAUAUUAUGGAGGAUAUAUCGUUACGUGCUUCAGACCCGAUGUUGGUAGAAGGACGAUUUCCAGUGCAGGUGCUCUUUACCACUAUCCAUCUCGCUUUAACUAGGUUAACUCCCUGGUUAUACCUUCAGUUCGACUCGUUCUAA